UUGGUUCUGGUAGAACGCACCGUUUAGUGUUUGCGUCGUGAACACAGAGCGGUCUCCAAACUGAAGACAGAGAGAGAGAGAGAGAGGCAUGUUCGUCAAUGGCGAUUAAGCUCUCAGCAUCAGAAACCCCUCUCCAAAUGAAUGGCCAGAGUCUCCACGCGCCCACGCUUCCCAUUCCGAACCACCCUCCUCACGCGCCCCGUCACCAUCACCAUCGCCACCAACACUUCACCAUCUUCCUCAGCCCCGGAGCCAAAACCAAGACCUUCCUUCUUCUCCCCUUUGCACUUCCAAUCGCUUCUCCAUAACUCAUGCCGCAACGCUCGCCACCUCCUUCAAAUCCAAGCCCUCCUCGUCACUUCCACCCUCUUCCGCAACCCCUUCUUCGCCCGCACCCUUCUCAGCCGCGCCUCCCACUUAUGCCACGUCGCUUACACCCUCUUGAUCUUUCGCCACAUUAACUCCUCCGACACCUUCUGCGUCAACACAGUCAUCAACGCUUACUGUAACAGCCACCUUCCGCGCCAAGCUCUUGUUUUUUACUUUCGCUCUUUGAUGUCUGGCUUUUUUCCGAAUAGUUACACCUACGUGCCGCUUAUUGGUUCUUGUGCUAAAAUGGGGUGCAUUGAUUCUGGGCGAGAGUGCCAUGCCCAGGCCACUAAGAAUGGGGUUGACUCUGUUUUGCAGGUGCAGAACUCUUUGAUUCAUAUGUAUGCUUGUUGUGGGCGUGUUCAGGUUGCUAGGGUGUUGUUUGAUGGCAUGUUGAGUCGGGAUUUAGUUUCGUGGAACUCGAUCAUUGAUGGGUAUAUGGGGGUUGGUGAGUUGAGUGUUGCGCACCAACUGUUUGAUGAAAUGCCUGAGAGGAAUUUGGUUACUUGGAAUGUUAUGAUUAGUGGGUAUUUGAAGGGUAGGAACCCGGGUUAUGCGAUGAAGUUGUUUCGCGAAAUGGGGAGGUUGGGGUUGAGGGGUAAUGCUCGGACUAUGGUAUGUGUGGCUACGGCUUGUGGUCGGUCGGGGAGACUCAAGGAAGGAAGAUCGGUUCACGGGAGCGUUGUUAGGAUGCUUGUGAGGUCGAGUUUGAUUCUUGAUACGGCUUUGAUUGAUAUGUAUUGUAAGUGCAGGAGGGUGGAGGUGGCAAGGAGAGUGUUUGAGAGGAUGGGAGAAAGGAAUCUGGUUUCGUGGAAUGCGAUGAUCUUGGGGCACUGCAUUCGCGGGAGCCCCGAAGAUGGACUGAGUUUGUUUGAUGGAAUGGUUGGGGUGGGGAAAAUGAAAGGUGGAGUUGAGAGUGGUGAGAGUCCGAGGUUGCUCCCUGAUGAAGUAACCUUCAUUGGGGUCCUCUGUGCCUGUGCUAGGGCGGAGCUGUUGGCUGAGGGCAGGUCUCACUUCAAGCAAAUGACUGAUGUGUUUGGUGUGAAGCCAAAUUAUGGUCAUUUUUGGUGCAUGGCAAAUCUUCUUGCAAAUGUGGGGCUUGUUGGUGAGGCAGAAGAGUUUCUGCGGAGCAUGGCAAAGUUUGAUGAGGACACGUCGUGCGAGUCAUUGUUAUGGGCGAGUUUGCUUGGUUUAUGUCGUUUCAAGAGGGAUGUGUACUUGGGGGAACGGAUUGCGAAGCUUCUUGUUGACAUGGAUCCAAAGAACCCCACUUGUUACCAGUUUCUACUGAUCAUUUAUGCCGUGUCUGCUCAAUGGGAGAAUGUUUCUGGAGUGCAAAAACUGAUGAAGGAAAGAAAGUUAGGGGUAACACCUGGAAGCAGUCUUGUGGACUUGAAAAAUAUUGUUCACAACUUCAAAGUGUCAAAUAAAGGGCAAGAGGGAAUUGAAGCGGUAAACUUGAUGAUGGAUGAACUAGCUCAUAGGUUCAGGUUGCCAAGUUCUGAUUUAGGUUUGUCAUCAGCAGGCCAGAAAGAAAGCUAGAUUAUUAGCGAAGAUGAGGAUGGCAAAUAAUGCAAACCCUUGAACAAGUAGAGUAAGAAUUGAAUUCACAUUCUUUUUAUAAGCUGUCAGAUUUUUUGUCAGUCGAGAUAUCCACCCACUCAACAAACAUGUAGGAUCCCAACUUUAUAUAGAUGCAAAUGUGUCUUGGGGCAUGCAUACGGGUGCUUGCAGAAAUCCCAAUUUUGUAUUUAGGUUUUGGAUUUAUGAUUUAGCUUAUAGUCCUGUUUAAGUUUAGCAUCGCUUGUGCUAGACUCACUUUCUCUUCCCCCAUGGAUAUUUUUACCACCCUACUAUAGAAGGAUUGGUCGUAGAAAUGAUUAGUCCUCUUGUUAUUAAAUGGAUUACCCAGAGGAUGCUAGAAAUAUGAAUUUGUUGAAGUUUUGAAAAAUUAUGACAGAAACUGAUAUCAAGAUAUACAAAGUCGUCCCCA